AAUCACGCGCUCUGCUCACUGUGCUCCAAGAUGGCGGCUUCCAGUGCUCCGUAUCAGACAUCAUCGCAUUUAAAAGCUAAAUAUCAACAUUUACCGGCAGUUUAAACUCAUGAAGAGACAGACCAGAAGGAGCAGAAAGGGACUGUGUUGGUGGCAGUGAAACGCAGAAACAGUUUCCCUAUGGUUUGUCCGCGCGAGGAGCCGGUGACGGUGUCGGUCUGAGGGGGGUUGUGUUAUCCGAGUAUGGCCACCGAGAACAGGAUCAAUUUUUGGAGGAGAAACGCAAAGGUUCCCGGAAGCGUACAACCAGUUUAUGGAGCACAGCAUCCACCUCUCGACCCUCGAUUGCGACGCACAUAUCCCAAAGACACAAAGCCCAAGUUCAACAAUCUCAAGUCUAAAAAGGCCUCUAGCUUCCACGAGUUUGCCCGCAGCACCAAUGAUGCAUGGGACAUCGACGAAGAGGAGGACGAGGAUUUCCUCGGGCUCCCCGCUCCAACUUUAUCCCUACCAUCAGGUCUCCACUCUACGUCCUCACAGAACCAGCAGCAGCACAAUCAGGCUGCAGACACAGACACUGGAGUUUCACACAGAUUGGCAGCUCCCAGUAUGGAAGCUCAAAACUUCCAGGAUGUGCAGGAGGAGGACGCAGAGUGCGAACAUGUCAACGGCAAGGUUGUCAAGUCAAGUAGCGACGCCCACCUCAAUGCGUCUUCAGUCCACUCCACACUGCAGAAACAGCAGUCUCUCCCUGUUCGUCCCAUCAUUCCACUGGUGGCCCGCAUGUCAGACCAGAAUGCAUCGGGGGCGCCGCCGAUGACGGUGCGGGAGAAGAGCCGGCUGGACAAAUUUAAGCAGCUGCUGGCUAGUCCUAACACUGACUUAGAGGAACUGCGGAAGCACAGCUGGUCGGGCAUACCAAGAGAAGUCCGGCCAAUCACAUGGAGACUUCUCUCUGGCUACCUGCCGGCCAACAAGGAGCGCAGAGAGCUGGUGCUAAAAAGGAAACGAGAAGAAUACUUUGGCUUCAUAGAGCAGUAUUACCACUCCAGAACAGACGAGCACUACAAAGACACGUACAGACAGAUCCACAUUGAUAUUCCGAGAACCAACCCUCUGAUUCCCUUGUUCCAGCAGCCCGUAGUACAAGAGGUGUUUGAGCGUAUUCUCUUUAUCUGGGCCAUCCGUCACCCAGCCAGCGGUUACGUCCAGGGAAUCAAUGAUCUGGUCACACCCUUCUUUGUCGUCUUCCUCUCGGAGUUUGUUACGGAGGAUGUGGAGAACUUUGAGGUGGCAGCGCUGCCUCUGGACACCCAGAGAAACAUCGAAGCUGACAGCUUCUGGUGCAUGAGCAAGCUGCUGGAUGGAAUACAGGACAACUACACGUUUGCUCAGCCUGGGAUCCAGAACAAAGUGAAAGCUUUAGAGGAGCUGGUCAGCAGGAUAGAUGAGGACAUUCACAAUCAUUUUAAGAGGUACGAGGUGGAGUACCUGCAGUUUGCUUUCCGCUGGAUGAACAAUCUGCUGAUGAGGGAGCUGCCGCUUCGUUGCACUAUUCGUCUCUGGGACACCUACCAGGCUGAAGCAGAGGGUUUCUCCCACUUCCACCUGUACGUCUGCUCUGCUUUUCUCAUUGAAUGGCGCAAAGAAAUCCUCUCCAUGGUUGACUUUCAGGGCCUUCUUAUGCUACUGCAGAACCUUCCCACAAUCCACUGGGGUAACGAAGAAGUGGGUCUCCUGCUGGCUGAAGCUUAUAGACUGAAGUACAUGUUCGCAGACGCUCCCAGCCACUACAAGAGAUAAAGCACAGCGCACAGUGCUGCAGACUGUGACUGAAUGGACGCACAGCUCCUGAGACACUCCAGACACCACGUGAUGUCUUUGAGGUGACCCAGAAGAGGCCGACGCCACAAAACUUAUCCUGUGAAACUGAAGUCCAGUGAAUGUCACACUGGAUUUGGGUUUAUGGUGCACCCAUAGAGCUCAGUGAAUAUUAAAGACUACUUGCAGUCAACGUACUGCACCGUAUCAACGGACUGUUACAGUAUGAAUAACCAUAGCUAUGCCACUUUGGUUUACUUCUACAGUUUUUGUUCAUGCAACAUUAAUUGUCUCCUAAGUGAAAUGUACACACAGAGGACCAUGCUGUAAUAUAAAGGGAUGAUGUUCGUGAGAUUAUCCUUUUAGUGAAAGGUGGCAUCUAUAGAUUCUAUUUUUUUGAAAAUAUGCGUUGAUUUUACAAGGGAAACAUGUUAGAUGUAAACCAGGCAACUAAUAUAUUUUAUUUUCUCUUAUAAAAUUUAUUUAGUCUGACACUGUUAUAAAUAAGAUGGAGCCCUUACCCAAUGUGUGAAGAGACUUACGGAAUUGGUUCAGGAUUACCAAAUUUGCACUGUACAAUCAGUUCAUAAAAGUCCUUAUUUUGGACUUCAGUGAGUCAGUUUGAUCGGUAGCCAGUACUGAUAUUUUGGAUUGUGUUAGGCAUUACUCCUAAGAGUAGCAAAUAUUAGGUACUGUGUUUUACUUCAGGUUGUGUUUUGGCUUAAAAGUGGAGGAACUGAUUUGGUAUCAGUUUACCCUGGUCAUUAUAAAUCAGCAUUUGAGAUCACUAUGAGACAUUAAUAGUGGUAAUAUUUAAAAUUUUCUGCCUCCAAAUAGACCAGAAACAAUACAGACCUUCUGGUUAAUGUAGCUUUCCCUUGUUUGUUUGUCAUUAUUUAACCCUUUGAAACCCAAAAUAAUUGGCUUCAUUUUUUUCAAAAACAUGGGAA